CGUUGUUUACACAUAAAAGCCAAAAAUUAAUAAAGAAAAGAUGUUUCACACUACUGAAACAUCAUCAAACCCUGACAAAGAUACCGAUCUACGGACUAUUCGUAUGGUACAACGUCAACUAUCCACCUUUGAGGUCGGAGAAAAGGUAAAUGAGAUGGAGAGCGAAAAGGUUUUCGAGAACCUUUCCCCUGAACUAGCAAACGAUUCGGAAGUAAAAACUGCCAAGGACAAGAUUGAUGCCAAUUACUGGGUCACCAACAAGUAUCUUAAUGAGGUGAAGGAGCUUUGCCAAGAAAUUUCAGUGGAGUACAUAAAAUUGGAACACGGAAAGCCGAAAAACGAAUCAAAUCUGGAGGUUAAGCAUGUUUCUGUGCAAUCCGAUGAGUCGUUUAUUUUGGACACUGCUAUGGACCGCAUGGAUAAAGAACUGGGAUCCCUAAAAGAGGAAAUUCAGAGGACUUUUAAAGAGUUGGACGCGGAAUUAGGUGAUGAGGCAAUGCAAAUUGAUAAAAAUGAGACCGGAGGUGAAAAUUCAAAGGUUGUUUGGACAUCACCUGUAUCGAAGUUACCAAAGCCCUCGGUGAUGGAUAAAGAUGAUGAAUGUGACGAGGAAUUGGCCAAGUUUUGGACAUCGCUGGAUAAUGUGAGCCCAGAAGAACUGGCAUCAUUAAAUGUGGUGUGGAGUUCUAACGGAGGAUUGGUUAAUCAAGCAUUAGCAACUGACGGUACAAUUGUUACCUUGCAAGAUGAUCCCACAAACAAUGACGAGCCAAUGGAUACAAACAACAAUGAUGAUGAUAUAAACGACAAGUACCCACCUGAUACUAUUAAGGAUAUCGUUGAUCGUGAAAAACCAGCUAGUCCGAUCAGAACUGAUGAGGUGACAGACUCGUCAAUAAAUUUUUCUGAACAAGUUUCCUCUAACUGCGAUAAAACCGAGGCGUUUGAAGACAGCUCGUUGAAAUCGUAUGUUUUAGAUAUUGUUCAAGCAUCAAUUUCUCCUGAAGUUUCUCUAGAAGUGAAUGCAAAUACUGAAUCCGACAUUCAAGAUGCUUGUCAAAGCAACAAAUCGUUACAAGAAAAUGUUGUUGACAGUACCAAUCCAAUCGUACUUGAGCAAAAGUCUACCAAUGAGCCCCCUCCAAAACGUCGCAAGUUUUUUAAGCGACCUUUCUUAAAAUCUGAUGCAACCCACAUCAAUAAGCCUGAAUAUGACGAAGAAGGCGAUGAACAUUUGUAUGCACGGAGUUUGAACAACAUAAACAUUGAUGAUACUAUAACACCGCCUGGAACAAGAACAUUUAUUAAGAGACGCAAAUUGAUAGAUUCUCUUGUUCAAAAAUGCAAAACGACUUUUACCAAACCUGAAUUGAAAAUUACCGAAGAUACUCUAAAAUCGCCAGAAAUACAAAAAACUGAAGAUGAAAAUGAUAAAUCUUCAGUAAAAAUUUCUGAUAGUAUUUCAAAACAAGAAAUCAAACCAAAUGAAUCUAAUGUUGCAGUGAUUGAAGAACAUGAAAAUGUAACAAACAGUGACUAUCAACCCCAUCAUGAAGAAGAGAUAAUUGAAUCAACCGUAGAAGAAACUACUAUCGACACUUUACCUGAAUCGCCCAAUGAGAUGCCAAACGUUGAAAAUAUUUGUAACGCAGAUCAUCAGACUAUUUUUUGCGAUGCAUUAGAGAAAAAUGAAGUUCAACGUGUUGAACAAACUCAAAAUGAUCAAAAUUCAGAGGAUGAAACAGUUCUCGUAAAUACAGAGGAAAUAUGUAGUCAGAUUUUGAUUACUCAAGAAAAUUGUAAUACCGUUGAAAAUCCUAAUGAAACUAUCAAUCAAACUAAUGAGACAGUAAAUGAUGAAAAUAUUCCUGAGAAUUUAUCAAUUCUCAAUUCAGAUUUGCUCGGAAAGAACGAUACUAAGGAUGAAAUUCAAAAAUUUGUAGAAGAUAAUGAUAAUGAAAACAAAGUUGACCCUUUCAUUGAUUACAAAAAAUGCCAAACUGUUGACGGAUUGGAUGAAGUAGUUGACGAAAUCAUCACAGACACGUUAGAAGACAGUAACAAAAUGGAUUUACAUUUAGAGAAUGUAGAAACUUCACAAUCAGACUAUAUGCCAUCUCACGAAUUUUUGAUAAAUGUUCAUGAUCAAACAACACCGGAGGUUUUAGAAAAUUCGUAUCACUUUGAAGGAACUACUGUUGAAACUGAUGUUGCAAAUGAACAUGAAGAUAGUUCUAAAAAUGUGAUGACUGAGCAAACCCAUGAGCUGAUUCCUGAAAAAGCAGUUGAAGAUAACAUGCCGAAUAAAAGUAUCACUCAUUCCUAUCAAAAUACACUUUUCAAUAUGGACUCGAAAUUGAUUCAAAACAUAUCGGAAGAAAUGGUUCCAUUCACAGACAACUUACCUGUUUGCCGAGUACUUUUUGAAAUUCCUAAUGAAAUACCUGAGAUGAAAUCACCAACGGAAAAUGAGGAGGACCAAUUAAUUAAGAUAGAAAAUUAUCUUGUGGAAUCUCUGUCUUACGAAAAAUAUGAAAUCAAUCAAACUGCAGACUGCUCAGGAGAAAAACCUAAAUUUUUUCAAGAAUUUGUUGAUGAGAGUAAAAUAACAAAAGAAAUUGCUACAACUAAUGAAAUUUCCAAUGAUGCAUUGACAGUAAAAUAUGAGAUAAUGAACGAGGAGGACCAAUUACAACUUGAAGAUGUACUUGUGGAGUCAAUGUCCCAGGAAAAAUAUGAAAUGAAUCAAACAGAAGAAGUUUAUAUUGAAACCAUUGAAGAUAUUAUUGAAACGUACAGCGACGAAAACGAUAAUAUGACAAAGAAUCAUGAUUUAAAUACUGAAAUGUAUCAAGAAUAUUCGUCAAAUGAUGUUCAAGUAGUUAAACCAGAAGAUCCGAUUGACUCAGAAAAUGAUUUGCGUGAUGAAGAAUAUUGUCCGCAACCUUUAUUUGUUACUGAAUACUUGGUACAAACAGAGAAAAACUCCCAAACAGAUAAUGCAGAUCACACAAUUCAAUUUUUCUGCACUGAACCUCAAGAGAUUUUAUCUGAAAAUAAUGACGAAAAUCCUCUUCAAAUUGAUGUAAAUGAAGAAACUGACGAGCAAGUGCAGCUUAAAUUCAAUUAUCAAAAUGAAAUGGUAUCGACAAUUAAUGAAAACACACAUAACGAAGGAAACGGAGAUAAGUCUAUCCAAAAUACUAAAAGUGAUAUUUAUGACAACAAACCUGAUCCUGUUGAAGAUCACACACACAAACGAACAAACCAUCGAUUAGCAAGAAAACUGAUACGUCCAAGUUAUCAAAAUAUCGAAACGAUUGUAACGAACGAUAAACCUAAACGUAAAAUAAAUCGCAACUUCAAAAUGACCUCGUUGCCUCAAGAACAGAAACAGACAGAUAUUAAAAUGGAACAAGAGAAACCACACAAAUCUUUAUCGACUCAUGAGGAAAAAGAGACCAUUGUAGAAAAACCUGAUUUGAAACUUCUAAAGGGAGAAUCGAAAACUGCAGAAAAAAAAUUGCACCAUGAUCAAAAUGCUGUGAAAAUUUUGAAUACAGAGCAUGAGCAAAGCAAACAAGCUAAAAAGCUUCUACCGAUAAAGUCCAAAAAUAUUGAAAUUAUCCAGAAAGACGAUGGACAACCAAUGUCCAAAAGACUCCGUAGUUUCAAAUCCACACAACUUACCGCAGCCUCGAAUGAAGCUAUUGUCCAUGAAUUAAGUGAGGAGCAGGAAAAAUCACUUGAAACCCCAUCCACUGCAGAAGUUUCCGAUGACACCUAUACAUUCCACGUAGACAAACCCAAAAAAAUAGCUUCUCAAAAUAUCAAUCAAGAUGCAAAAUGUACUAAACAAAAAAGAGGCCGUCCUUCUAAAUUGCAAUCGGAAAAGAUUGAAGCGAAUGCCCCUAAAGAGGACGCAGCAAAACCACCACGCAAGAGUCAACGUUUAAUGACAAAAGAGGUACCUGUGUAUGAGGAAGUUGAAACUGACUCAUCGGCUGAGACUGAGUCUCAAGUCAUUUGGAAAAAUUUGGAGAGAAAAGCAACAAAAUCAAAUUCGUCAAAAGAAUCAAAGGAAAUUGUAGGACCUGUGCGUAAAAGUGGUCGUAUAUCCAAAAACCAGAUACAACACAAUUACCGCGAAUUACAUAGAAACGGAGAAACAGGAAAAGCCAUUCAAAAAGACAUUAAGAAUCGUCAAAGCAAAAAGACAAGUACCUCGCAGAAAGUUAAGGACAAAUCUGUUACCGUACUACUUCAAGAGCAGGAAAGUUUACUUGGUGGCCGUUAUCGAAGCAUUCGCUGUAUCGCUCGCUCAUUACCGCAGUAAAACUGAUGUUUACUUUUUUCAAAUAAUAUUUUGAAUACUCUUUUCUUUUAUAAUAUAUUGAAUAAUAUAUUUUUUCUUCUUAUUUAA